AUGGCGUUCUGGUACCUGCAUGGGGGUUCCCCCAGUCAUCAGAUUGAGGAAGGGCAGGUGGUGCGCACGUGGAAAGUGGGGGACCCCCCGGAGGAGCGGCCGCAGACCCCCACCCCGCCGCCCUCCACCCCCCUCCAGCAGGACUCUCCUCAGGCCGUGCGACCCCCUGUGUGCAAGAAGAACCGCAAGAAGUGCUUUUGCAGCCGCCUCAGAGCCGCCUCAGAGCCGCCUCAGAGCCGCCCUCAGAGCCGCCUCAGAGCCGCCUCAGAGCCGCCCUCAGAGCCGCCUCAGAGCCGCCUCAGAGCCGCCCUCAGAGCCGCCUCAGAGCCGCCUCAGAGCCGCCUCAGAGCCGCCUCAGAGCCAGAUCCAGCCUCAUUUAUCACAACACCACUGCUGUACCAAGCGCCCCGGGGCCUCCACAUUACAUUACGUCAGUGCUGCAGACAGGUGGCUGCCUUAAAACCCACAGACUUUGGCAUCGCCCUGAGUGGUUUGUGCUGGGACCAGGAUCAGGUUGCUCGGUCUAAACCCACAGGUGUUGGAGACUUAAUGACUUAUUACAGUUUCUGGCACAACGCAUCAGAAAAACGAUCCACCAGGCCCAACCAUGGACUCACUGCGGCUGUAUCCAAGGAAACCAAGGUGAAAUGGUUACAGCAACAGAUUGUUUGGGAAAGGGCAGCAUCAGCCUCUGGGGCCGGGAGAAUCUACUCUGCAAAACACUUCUCUUCUUCUCUCCAUCUGCCUUCAAACCAGACGACUCCGCUGCACUUCAAUGACCCGACGUGGAACCGACUGUGGUUCGUUUAUUGCAGCGACGGGGCCUCAGGCUGUCGCUCUCUCAUGAACAUCGCGGCGGCGUGGGAAAGAGGCUACACCGGGAAAGGCGUCGUCGUGUCUGUUUUAAGUGACGGCGUAGAAGGAGCGCAUUCGGAUCUCAGGCCAAAUUAUGAUCCUCUCGCCAGCUCCAUCACAAACACAAACAAACAAAAAGAUGGCGUCACUAAUUCCCGUGGGACUCAGUGCGCUGGAAUCAUCGCUGCUGCUGCUGCGCCCAAAUCUCGCUGCACGGUCGGGGUCUCGUUCCGGGCGAGAAUAGGAGGUAUCGACAUGUUGAGUGCAGAUGUGACGGACAGUGUGGAGGCCCGGUCCCUCAGCUUCAAACCGCACUACGUAGAUAUUUACUUGUGCACUUGGGGACCGGCAGAUGACGGGAAGACCGUGGAGGGACCGGGGCCUUUGGCGAAGCUGGCGAUGCAACGUGGCGUCAAAAGAGGUCGUCGGGGUCUGGGCUCAAUCUUUGUCUGGACCUCAGGGAGCGGAGGGCGAUCAGGUGACCACUGCUCCUGCGACGGCUACAGCAGCAGCAUUUACACCGUGUCCAUAAGCUCCGCCUCCUGGAGCGGCGCCCAACCCGGGUUCCAGGAGCGAUGUGCUUCUAUACUGGCUGCGGCGUACGCUGGAGACGAGAGCGGGACUUUGCGGACGGCGGGGGACGGUCAGACCUGUGCGGAGCCUCGUCCAGCCCCGGCUCUGGCUGCGUCCGUGGCAACAGGAGUCAUCGCUCUCACCUUAGAGGCCAAUCCGGCGUUGACCUGGAGAGACGUCCAACACAUCAUCGUGCGAUCCUCGAGCCCUGAGCGUCUGCGAGCGUCGGACUGGACGACCAACGGAGCAGGACGCAGAGUGAGUCACGUGUUUGGCUUCGGGCUGAUGGACGCGGAGACUAUGGUGAGAGAGGCCGAACGCUGGGAACAAGUGCCUCCACAACAUGUCUGUGUCGAGGAGCCUCCAGUGCAGCAGACCAGAAGCAUUUACCCCGGCUCCACGGUGGCGUCUGUGCGUGAGGCGUCAGGAUGUGCCGGCAGCUCCGUGAAGCGUGUGGCGUAUGUGGAGCACGUCGUAGUCCGAGUGACCGUCACUCACCAGCGGCGUGGAGACCUCUCCGUCCGACUGCGGUCUCCCAGCGCCACCGUGUCCGAGCUGUUAGCGCCCAGGUACCGGCCUCCAGGGAGCGUCCUCCAGGGGGCGUCCUCCAGGGAGCGGCCUCCAGGGAGCGGCCUCCAGGGAGCGGCCUCCAGGGGGCGUCCUCCAGGGGGCGUCCUCCAGGGGGCGUCCUCCAGGGGGCGUCCUCCAGGGAGCGGCCUCCAGGGAGCGGCCUCCAGGGAGCGUCCUCCAGGGAGCGGCCUCCAGGGAGCGGCCUCCAGGGAGCGGCCUCCAGGGGGCGUCCUCCAGGGGGCGUCCUCCAGGGGGCGUCCUCCAGGGGGCGUCCUCCAGGGGGCGUCCUCCAGGGGGCGUCCUCCAGGGGGCGUCCUCCAGGGGGCGUCCUCCAGGGGGCGUCCUCCAGGGGGCGUCCUCCAGGGGGCGUCCUCCAGGGGGCGUCCUCCAGGGGGCGUCCUCCAGGGAGCGGCCUCCAGGGAGCGGCCCCCAGGGAGCGUCCUCCAGGGGGCGGCCUCCAGGGGGCGGCCUCCAGGGGGCGUCCUCCAGGGGGCGGCCUCCAGGGGGCGGCCUCCAGGGGGCGACCUCCAGGGGGCGUCCUCCAGGGGGCGUCCUCCAGGGGGCGUCCUCCAGGGGGCGUCCUCCAGGGGGCGUCCCCCAGGGGGCGUCCCCCAGGGAGCGGCCUCCAGGGAGAGGCCUCCAGGGAGCGGCCCCCAGGGAGCGGCCCCCAGGGAGCGGCCCCCAGGGAGCGGCCCCCAGGGAGCGGCCCCCAGGGAGCGGCCCCCAGGGAGCGGCCCCCAGGGAGCGGCCCCCAGGGAGCGGCCCCCAGGGAGCGGCUAUCUGCCCCUGGACAACUCCAGCGAGGGCUUCCAGAGCUGGGAGCUGAUGACGACUCACUGCUGGGGGGAGGCGGCCGCGGGGACAUGGACUCUGGAGGUCACAGAUACUUCAGCAAAGUCACGCUCAGACUCUGGACCAGGAGCCUUGGUAAAGUGGUCUCUGGUGCUCUACGGGACAGCAGAGAGUCCGUACGAGUCCCAGAGGAGACGGCGAGCGGUGGCGUCUGUGGAGAACGAGCCGGUGGAAGAAUAUAGCGGACCAUGUGACGCUGAGUGCACCAGUGACGGCUGUGAGGGACCAGGUCCACAGCAAUGUUUCACCUGCUCACACCUGUUUCUCAAAUUCAAAAACAGCACAAGGUUGUGUGUGUCCGAGUGUCCUCGGGGAUUUUGGGGAGAUCGGCGUCGGUGCAAAAAAUGCUUUGGGACCUGUGAGAGCUGCACCGGGAGCCGGAGUGACCAGUGCACGUCGUGUCAGCCUGGACACUUCCUGACCGAGGGCCUCGGCACCUGCACCGCCGUCUGCGCUGAGGGGUUCUACCUGGACCAUGAUGCAAAUAUGUGCCAGAAGUGCAGCGAAAACUGCCUGAAGUGCACAAGCUUCAACAUUUGCACAGAAUGCAAACAGGACACGAGUCUUCAGGGAAAUCAGUGCUUACUGAGCUGCGCCGCAGGAUUCUACCACGACAAACAGGACGACAGCUGCAGGCCCUGCCACGCGGCCUGCGCCUCCUGUGCAGGGCCAGGGGUGGAGUCCUGCAAACUCUGUGCAGAAGGAUUCCUGAUGGAGGAGUGGAGGUGUGUGCACUCCUGCAGCGCCGGCUUCUACGCCACAGAACCAGGCCUGGAUGGGCAGAGGACGUGUAGGAGGUGUGACUCUCGCUGCUCGCUCUGUGUGGGACCGGGAGCCGAUAACUGCAGCAGAUGUUCGAGCGGCCACAGCCAUCUGGGCGGAGUGUGUGUGCUCAGCUCCCAGUGCGGAGACGGAGAAUACGCAGACAGUGAUGGGAACUGUCGUGUGUGUGAUGCUACAUGUGUGAAGUGCACAGGGCCAGAGGGGGGCCACUGCAUCAGCUGCGACUCUGCACGGUGA